GCGUAGGCCGCAGUAACGCGUCAAAUUUUUACUGUUACCUCUUUUCCACAGCAUAGAGAAUCUAGUCUUCGGCGCUUCGACAAGUGACCAUCGGCGGUGGUAAUAGUGCAAGGUCGCGCAAGGCCGUCUCUUCGCCUUCAGUUGUUUCAGAGAUUCGCGGACGGUCGACUGAAAGCAGAGCUUGCUUCGCGCCUUCGAGUUUUUUCUGCUCUUGUUUUAUUUCCUGAUUCUUUUUUGAACGCUGUGGUUUUUUUUGAGGUUUUGAUUUUGAGUGAGGAUUUUGUGGACAUUAAGAUGAAGAUCAAACUCCUCCAAACAAUCUUGAUCCUUACAGUCGUCGUGCACUUCGCAGCAUCAGCGCCAGCCACCUCCGAUCGCAAAGGCAAAAACCUGGCCUACUUCGACUACAUACAGCCAGACGUGGCGGACUACAACCAAUACGAGAGCGAGGAUUACCUUCCGCUCGGGCUCGAGGACAACGAUCUAAGCCGAACCGUCCCGAACCGAAGACGCCCGAAGCCCAGACCGGAAACCUACAAUUCGCCCAUAUACUACAUCCGGCUGCCGCCUCAGCCGUACAUGUUCAUACCGGGUCUGGGCUACGUUUCGCAGCCCCCGCAAAACCCAGCCGACCCGUUCGUUAACGUGCCCAUCAGCUUCAUCAGCAACGGCAAACCCGGAAACAUCUACCAAUGGUCCGGUGCGAUGGAGACCUUCCCGGAAGAGCCCCCUAAACCAAAACCGACCAGGAAACCAUUGCCCGAUUCGAACAUACACAAACUGCCCGGGCAGUACUCCUUUAACGGCAAACCUGAAGAUAUAUUUGUCUUAAGGGAUUCCUAUAAUUCUAUAUACGGUGAUGCCCUACAAAAUUUCUAUCCAUAAUUGAAUGCUAUUUAUUUAGAUAGAAACUAAAGAUGGAGAAUAUGAAACCCCAAAAUGUAAUAAAUUAUAUUUAAAUUUGUUAAAUCUUAUACCUACCUUAUCAUAAAAAAGGCUUCCGCAUUAUUAGCAGGUUAUGCAUUACCACCUCCAGGUUAU